ACUACUAAAUUAGUUGUCGACGAUUUUGUUCGUCGACAUUAUCGUGACUAAUCGACUAAUCGUAGCAGCCCUAGUUCAGUUACUUAUCCAAACAGAGGGGUUCAUUUAAUUUAAUUGGUCUUUAAUUAGUCUUUGUGUAACAUUGGUUUGCUCGCUCUGCCUAGUUACGGUUGCUAAGUAGCCACUGGACAACCGUUGCUAUGGGCGGGCCUUCAUUUGUUUUGAUGUAGAAAUGCCUUGGAAUUGGAAUGUCGUGACAUCACUCAAAGAUUAAAGGCCAAAGUUUUGCUCAGGGUAUAAAUAGGACAGGAAUCCAGAAGGUUUUACUUUCGUUGGUAUUUUUCGGAAAACUUCCACGAUACAUUGAAGAGUCCACAGAGACCACAAACUUACACUAUGAGUUCAGAAAAUAACGAUAGGAUGGAUCAGGAGCCUCCACAGGUCACAGCAGAGACCCUUCGGCCACUUGUGGACUUGUUCCUGGACCAGCUGAUGGCCACACAGUGGGGUAAAGACAAAGCUCACUCGGUAGAUGACAAAACCAAAGCUGCCCUAACAGACAUAUGUGUGGACAUAGUUAAUGCUAUGUCUAAAGUCAUUUUUGAGGCAUUUCUGCAAAAUCGCCUCGCACACACAAAGACCAAGACUCCACCAGAAAGUCCAGAAAUGAUUUCUGAGGAAGAAGUCCAGGAGUACCUGGGGAACUCCAUCGAUGACGCUUUUGUGACCGUGACUGGCAGCCCAGUGCCCAGAGAAAGUGCAAAAAGACUGACGGACCUGGUGACCAAAAAGAUUACAGAGAGGAUCAACUCACAGCUCACCCGUACCCUGCAGAUCAUGGUGAAACCUGUGGGCAGCAUGCUUAAAAGCUGCAAAGCAAAGAUGUCACGUGUGACUGUUGAUGCAUGGAGUCCAGAUACGGCAGCUGAGAGCACAAGUCCUGCAGAGCGGGAGGAGACUCCAGUCUUUCCGAUAGGACCAGAAGACCGUUGUUCAGUAGGAAGCUUCAUUGAUACGACCACCGAAGCUGUAAAACAGAUCCUACUGGAACAUGUGAGUGACCCUGAAGUGCAAUCUAAUUCUGACAUUUCAGAAGAGGAACGUCUGCAGAUUAUCAACAGCAUUAACGAAGACACAGAUGAAGCAGCGAGUGAAAUUGCUCACUACAUUUGGACCAACAGGAAGGAGUUUGGACUGAAUAACGAUGGCACACCAAGACCAGAGGCCCAGUCCAGCAGGUUAAACUGCUGGAACGUCGUGGCAAACAAGAUCAAAAGCCUUUUUGCCCGCAAGUUUGCCAAGGAGGCCAUCGCCAGCUUCAUCGUGAAGCUGAGGACAAAACUGAACUGCAAGGAGGCAUCACUGGAUGUCCUGAUUCCAGCAGCAGACAAAGUGGUGCAGGACAUGAUCCCAGAAAACCCUGAUGAGUGUACCUACAAAACCAUGGCCACCUGCAUCAACAACGGCCAACAUGAAGUGCAUUCUCAGCAGCUGGGGCACAUCAUAUUUGAGAAUAUUCAAAGUGACCCUGGAGCCAGGAAGGUAAAUCAUGUCACGAUACAAAAUGAGGUAGACAAGUUCAUGAAGAUGACGUGUAACUGGCUCAACCAGCAGAGACAGAAACUGACCAAGAAGAACAACAGCGUGGAUGAUAGUCUGAGGAAGAUUCGGGGAGCGCUGGAACUUCCAGAGCUCCCAGAGGACAUCGUGACACCUGUGGAAUCAGCAGCACCUUCCUCCCCUGCUGAGUCAGGUGUCAGUGGUGAUGAAGACAUCUCUACCACACCUGUAACUGAGUUAAGACCACCAUCCAUAACCGAUGAGCCAAUUGUCAGCGAUGAAGGUAACUCUGUCACACCUGUGUGUGAUAGAUCGCCAUCCAUCGCUGAUGAAGAAGAUGAAAACUUAUCACCCAAGUUUGAGUCCGCAACACCCAGAGUCACUGAUGAGCCAGCUCUCAGUGACAGAAGUGAGCCAGCUGAACCUGCAGAACUGAUCUAUGUGAAGAUCGCGGCGGCGGUGGUACACCAGUGCCUGAAGAAGGCACCGUUUUCAGUGUCUUAUGAUGAAAAGAAGAAGAUCAUUUUAACUCUGAAAGACAUGCUGUGCACAGGCGGUGUAGACUUUAAAUCUAUCCAGCCAGCAGGACACCAGGUAGAGAAGACAGCCAGGGCCGUGCACAAGGAUCUGUGUGCAGCCAUGAAAUCCAGCAAAAGCAUGGUGGCGCUCGGCCUGCUGUCAAAGGACUCACUUGUUUACGAGUCUGUUAUCGAGACUCUGAAAAGACAGCUGGAAAAGCCCCAAAAGACCGGCAUUAAGAGGUUGUUCACCUCACUUUUCAACACAGUGACCAAGCCAUUCAAUGGAAAAAAAACAGUUGCAAGUCCGCCUUCGUGUUCAACACUUUGGUUCUUGUAACUGUAAGGUCACGGUGUUGCUGUGGUUUUCUCCGAGUGCUUCGGUUUCUCCACUAAAAAAAAAAAACAUCAAAGUAACAUCAAAAUAACCAACCUGGACAUGACUCACAACAACAGGCCCCAAAGAUCUGCAGACUCUUUAGUCGUCACUGUGCCUUCCCAGCGAUGAGGUUAUGGUUCAGUUCUGGACCUUGUCCUCUUUGCUGUGAAGAGUUUACAGCGUUCACGGUGAAAAGAAGAAAAAAAAGUUGAGCACACUGUACUACCUGCCUCACGUAGUGAGUGAGUGUUCAACCAGCAUAUGAUGCAGUUCUACGGGUCCCAUAGGUCUGCACAGAUUAGGUUAUAAAUCCUAAAAAAAAUAAACAAACAAA